AUGCUCACACGGACGCACGGACACAUCCCCACACGGACACAUCCCCACACGGACACAUCCCCACACGGACACAUCCCCACACGGACACAUCCCCACACGGACACAUCCUCACACGAACACAUCCCCACACGGACACAUCCUCACACGGACACAUCCUCACACGAACACAUCCCACACCACAUCCCCACGAACACAUCCCCAAACGAGCACAUCCCACACGGACACAUCCCACACAGACACAUCCUCACACGGACACAUCCUCACACGGACACACAUCCCCAAACGACCACAUCCCACACGGACACAUCCUCACACGGACAUCCUCACACGGACACAUCUCACACACCCAUCUAA